AUGGUGGAGAAGGAGUUGAAACAAGGUGGAGAGCUAAGAGACUGUCACUACGCGUCCCAUUUGCAGCACUUGAUCAAAUUUCAACGUAAGCCGCUGUUUUUGAAUGAGCAAUUUGAAUGUGAGCAUGUUAAGGAAGAUCUUGAAAUGCACGAGGAAGAUGAUAUUGAUUUGAAUAUGGUUGUUGAAAAAAAUAACAAUGUGGAACUGUCGCUUGGAAAAAAUGUGAAGAUGAGGAGGAAGAGAGAGAGAGGACGAGCAAGGGCAAUGGAUUUUGAAUGGAAAAACGAGUUCGGGGAGUUUUUCAUGAGGCGUUGUGAUGCGAAAAAAUCCGAAGCAUUUGGGAGCUUCACAGAAAAAAACGAGGAAGAGGAAGAAGAAGAAGAAGAAGAAGAUGGUGAGGAUGAAAAUAAAUUUGGUGUUUUCCCUUGCCACAAUGAUUCUCUCGCCGGAGAUGGAUUUUCCGGCAACUUUUUUCCGGCGAUAGAGGAGAACAACCAGAUGGCUUUCAACCCACAAGUUCAUCUCCGUGGGCAAUCUUCUGUGGAUAUGCCGAUUUUCUUCACCAACAGAGGCAAAAGGGUGCUUGAGCAGAACGAUGAAACCCAUCUCAUUCAUCAUAAUGAAAGUAACAAGAAACUGAGGAUCAGCAAUUUCGGGACAUGUGUAGAGCAGAUUCAGAAUGUGGCCGAACGAGCCAGAACGUUGUACGAGGAGAAAACACGCGUGCUCGAUCAGACGAGCAUUAACCAGCAGAUUAUGCUCUCUGAGUUGCAAAAACGGGAUUCGAUUAUCGAGCACUUGCACCGGACUCGAUAUGAGGAGGCGCAGAAAAAAGACGGUGAGAUUUAUCGGCUCGAACGCGAGCUUUAUCUGAUGGGGAGUGUGUUGGAAGGUUACAGGAAGGCUCUGAAGGAAACUCGGAGGGCGUUUGCGGAAUAUCGAGAGGAGGAGGAGUUUAAGAUGAAUUGUUUUAUUUUCGAGAAGAAGAUGAAUGGAAUUGUUGAGGAUUGGGAUGGUCGGUUUAGUAUUUUGUCGGAUAAAGUUUGCAGUUUGGAAAAGAAGUUGACGGGUCUUGAGGCCGAUGCGAAAGAGCUGAUUGGAAAUUUGUGGAAAUCGAAAAACGGUGCAAAUUGA